UAGUCAGCCGAAAAGUCAUAAACCCUGAAAUAUUUAUUCAAUGUAUCUUCUUAAAAUUCGAUUAUAAACCUAACUUUAACCUAAACCAUACUCCUACCCUUAUACUUAAAUUACGAUCAAAAAGCACAUUCUUUUUUUCAUAAAUGUUUACAAUAUGCCUGUAGCCAAUUUUAACUUUGUGGCUGUGGCAACUAGUGGAAACCCGCAAGGAGGUCUAGGAGGCGGGGCCAUUUUCAGGUUGGGUACCGAUUAUCAAUUUUGGAAUUAGGACUCGUCUCGUAGGAUCUAACCGUUAGGCUACAGGUAGUCUUCACAUCCCGUUAGCUAGUUUAUACAUUGAAUGAGAUAGAUGUAAUAGAAACGCAGCGAUAGACACGCAUAGAUGACAUGACAUAAGGAAAGCGUUGAAAGAUAGAGCUAGAAAUUAGGUGCUCUAGUCAACAAUACGGCGAGACGGAGCGCUAUGCAAGUGAAGUCAACCACCAGUGGCAAAGAGUCUAAAUUGAUAUUGGAGGACGCAGUAUGCCUCUGGAACAGGCUUGUCUAAGUGGGCGAGAGCCACGUGCAUCCAGUAAGAAUGCCGAAGACAGGAGCAACACUGCCACCCUGCUGGCCUCAAGGAGUACUGCAGACACAGAGUCCAACAGAAGAGGCUCUCGCUGCGGCUCUGAAAAAGAUUCUGGAUAUUCGGACAACAACAGCUGCACAGACUGGCUCCAUGCGGAUAGAGAGAACCAGGGCAGCAGCGUGAGUGAGCCCAGGGAAGGGGAGGGUCUUCAGAGCCAGGUCAAGCCCGAGCAGGCCCCUCUCCAGGGGAAUCACAUCCUGGUCCCCAGCCCCGGAAGCCCUGACCUCACCCCCAUCUUCAUCAUCAAGAACGUGGUGCUCAAACAGGUGAAAGAGGUGGGAGGCAGGCUUGAGAAUGGCUCAGACCAUCACCUCCAGAACCAGCUAAACUGGGAGAACAGACGAGGAAGCUCCAAUGACUCUGGCCCCUGUCAUGUGAUCCUGGUUCAGCAGCCCAGUGAAGCCUCGGCCUCGGCCUCACCCGCAUCCCCAAAGCCCAACAGAACACAGUCCUGGAGAUCUGACAGCACAGCUAUGAAAACAAAAAGCAGAACCUACCUGCCCAUUCUUAAGUCCUACCCUCGUAUCGCUCCCCAUCCCAGUAAGAAGCCAUCUGACAAGACCCCAGUGGACCCCCAUGGUAAGGGGACUGGCAGGGAGGACCAAAGCCAGGACAAGAGGAUGUGUACAGAGGACAAGAGGGAUGAGGUGUCCACUACUACUCACUUACUGACACCAUCCAGAAAACAUGUCCGCAAGCAGCCAGACCCCAAGAGAAGCCUGUCCCACUGGAGGAGCCCUGCCUCCUCCCACUCCCCCAGCCCCCGCUCUCCCUCCACACUUUCCAGCUUUGUCUCCCGCUCUAUGUCCAGCUCCGACACCACCACUGCCUCCUCCUCCUCCUCUUCCGGUGGCUCCUCUCCCCUCUCGGCCAGGAGGUGGCCCCGCAGGCACGGUCCAGGCCUGUCCCUGUUCAGUGCGGCGCGUGACAGGCGCUUCCUGAACACGGUGGGCAUCUUAAGCCAGUCAGGCCUGCUUGACAUCACGCUGCGCACCCAGGACCUCCUCCGCCAGAGCAACGCCACAGACGGAGACAUCGCCCAGCUCCGCGAGCACACACAGCUGCUGUACCAGGCCGCCAACCACCACAACAACAGCCCCUAUAACAGUGACCCUGAUAAUAACGACCCCAAUGCCAACACAGCCAACGCGGGCUGGGAGAGGAUACACCAGGCUAUGGCUCAGUCAGGCUCCUACCCCAGCCUCAAGAACCUGGGGAGUGAAGAGGAUCACAACACUUAUAGUCCAGAGCCAGGAGUGGGAGGGGACGCCAGUUUCAAGAGAGAUUCAGUUGACCCUAAUAUUGCCACUCAUACCCACAAUGGGUUGGAGGCCCCGGCCCAACCCUCGCCCCUCCUGGCCCCCAUGUCAGAUCUGCUCCCACAGUACUGCCCUGUUUCCCUGUCACAGCAUUCUCCAGUCAGCAUCACCACGUCCCGCUCUCACUCUGGGCAGGCCAGUGCCAAACCCCCUGAGACAGUCACCAUCAUGCCCCCUGACAUUUCCACCCAUGGUGGUCUUCUCUAGCACCUGCCCAAGGAAAGACAGGGCACCUGGCCAGUUUGUAACCCUCUAACAGUCACUUCACUUCAGCUCCAACGAACCCAAAGUAUGUAGUCUGUAUAGUAACAUGUUUCUGACGGUUACCCCGACAGAGACAUUAAUAGCCUCCCAAAAAAAGACUAUGUUUUGGCCUCUUCAAAGACUGCUUGAGGAAAUUCCUAGAGAGGCUGAGGGGAAGAGGUUGAAGGUUUAAUGACGCGUGAGACAAUGUCGACAGGACAGCACUAUGCUACACUGUAUAUUUCUGCACAGCGUCUGAAUACUACUCAUUGCCUGCCAUAAAAACUCAGCUUCAGCUUACCAAUUAGUGAGCUGAAUAUCAAGACUUGUUGCAUUUUGAUAAACUUCACUACGUAUAGAGAAAUUAUACUGACAAUGUACAUUAUUUUUGUAUUUGCCAUAUAUAAAACAGACUGACCAGGUAAAUUCAGGUGAAAGUUAUGAUCCCUUAUUUAUGUAAUCUGUUAAAUACACCUCAAUCAGUUAGUGUAGAUGAAGGGGAGAAGACAUGUUAAAGAAGGAUUUUUAAGUGCCUUUGAACAACAGGCUAUGGUAGUAGGUGCCAGGCGCACUGGUUUGAGUG